GAAAACUUCGUGCUUCUCCUUCACACUAUGGACCAGCUCAGCCAUGACCGAGGGGACGAGGAUGAAAUUCACUCAGACCAACCCAAAAGCAGCAGUGGGUUCGAACCGGCUAGACCACCUCUGCAACUGGACCCCUGUGAUUUCCUGCUGGAUGCUAUUGAUGCUCAGCUAGGGAAGCUGCAAGUCAAGCACUGUAAGCGACUCAAGCGUGACUGCAUCGAUUCAGCAGCAUUUAGGUUAAACCAGUCUCUGAGCAAAGACACAGGUCUUGGAAGCACAGUCUCCCACACCAACGACACCCCCAUGUCUCAUCAUCAUGAUUUACAAGUUGCUCCAGCAGAUAUCACAAACUACGUGGCUCCUGAGGUGACCUCACCUGUAUGGACAAGUACUAAAGUAGAGUUGGAGUCUCACAAGGAAGAAUUCAUGUGGAGACUCGAGAGACUUCUCGGAGACACCUGUAAGGAUGGUGCAAUGUCGGGUGCACCUCAUCCCCCAACAGAGAGUAUCUGCACUGAGGACUUUGUGAGGUGCUUUAGAGAGGAAAUGAUAGAGCUGCCGCUACCAGAGAGGAGCGUGCAAGCGCUUGACAAGGAGGAGGAGGCUAAUAGGACGGUGAUAUUUGACAGGGAGACUCACCAAAACAAUUACAGAAGCGAAGCAUCCACAAAUGUGAAAAGUAGUAAAGACACAGCAAGUGUUGCUUUCAUCCAAUACAAGCCAGAACAAAGAGAAGAAGAAAAAUGUCCUUCUGAAAGUUCUGGGGUUCAGACUCUACAUAAUGGUGAGAAAGUCUUUUACGGCACAACGGCUGAAAACAAACUUCCAAAGCACAUUUCCUCUCCCAAGCCUAGGUGCUUAGCAGGGGUGCCCGUGUGGAAUUUUGACACUGUGUCCAUUGACAGCGACCUUGAUUCGGUCUGCUCGGAUCAAGUCAGACAACAUCUCGACAGACGGGCCGGCAUACUGUCCAAAGCUGUCCAAAACAAAAGAACCAACCUGAAAGAAACACAUGUUAAAACAGAUACAUUCAGAGCUGAGACUUUGCUUGAUGAGGACAAGGACACCGAUGAAGAAUCAAAAGGACACUGGAGAAGGCGUUCCAAGCUUGAGAAGGCGUCAGAGAAGAUGCACUCCGCUUGGGAGAAGAUGAAUGAGCGCCUUUCCUCCCUCAGACUACGAUGUGAGAAAGAAGAGGAGACGCUACGAAUGAAAAAGUCUCAUUUAAAUGAGGUUGAACUCUCCCUGUCUGAGCUGCAGUUGAGAAGAAAGCAUGCCUUUCAGGACUUAGAGCGACUCAGUGCAGAGACUGGCCACCUGGAGACAGAGAAGAGCCAAUUAGAGGUUUUGCUGAACGAGAGAAAGACAGAAAGAGACUCAUUAAUUUGCCAAAUACAGAAACUUCACAGGCAGAGGGAGUCAUGUGCUCAAAGUUUGGAAGAAGAGCUAAAGAAGAAAGAUCAACUCAAGCAGAAAUCCCGUGCGGAAGAGUCUCACGCGGGGAUGUCUGAACUGGAGAGGCAGGAGAUGGCGACACAGUUAGCUUGUGCGAAAGCUGAGCUCAUCUCUGAGCAGCAAAGGGCAAGAGAGAAGCAGGAGUCUAUGCAACAAAUACUAGAGGAAACUUGUGAGAAACUCCUGAGGGUCUCAGAGGCAGAGACUUCUUUGAGGAAGAGAUGUUCUUAUCUGGAGGACACACAGAAGCUGAAAAAGAAGGAUUAUGAGGUUCUACGGUGUGAAGCAAGUGAACUACAAGGAAAACUUGGAGCAUGCACAGUCCGAGUGGAUGCGCUGGAGAAAAUGUUGCGCCAGAAGGAGCGACAAUUGCAAGAUCUCCAGGAGCAGCAUGCAGUCUUACAAACAGAAGGAGCCAACCUGACGAGAGAGCUGGAGUUUAUUAAAAGCCAGAAUCACAGUGCUCUUAAAGAAGCAAGAGAAAACGCCCACACAAUGAUGGAGGCAGCACUGAAGCAGCAGAGGAAAGAUUUAGUCACGGUGCAUGAACAGCAAAUACAAAAGCUAAAGAAAGACGAAGCAAGCGCCUUGAAGAACUCCCUGGAGCGCCAGCAGGACGAGUCAAGAAAACGUGAAGAAAAGCUGCAUGCGGAAACGUUAGCGAAGGUGUGCAAAGCCGUAAAUGAGGAGAGGAGGAAGUGGGAAGCAGAGAAGAUGGAAGCUGUCCAUUUUCACUGUGGUCUACUGGAAGAGCAGAACAAAAGGAGCCUGGAAACAGUGAGGAAUGAGAUCCAUCAAGAGAGGAGCAACGCACUUAGUCUUCAACAUAAAGUUGCGGAGCUGCAAAGUCGAGUGCAGGACCUGGAAGCUGAGCGCUGUGUGCAGCAGCGAGAGCAGGAGUCGCUGCUCUCUGCCGUUCGCAGGUCGAUGAAGCAGGAGCAGCAAGACAAGUUGGAGAAGUUGCAGAAAGACAUCCUGCAGGAGAGCGAGAAGAGGGUGCAACAGGCCAAAGCGGAAACAGAGAGGCUCCACGAGAAGUUGGAAGAGCAGGAGAUCAGCCAUAGUGAGGCAAGAAUUGAGCAGGAGAAGCAGUUUGGCAUCUGGGUUCGUGAGCUGGCGGCAGAGUUUGAGUUUCUUCACAUCUUGGUUGAGAACAACGGAGGUCAACAAAAUACAACGCAGAUUCCUCCCUGCUCUACCAUAGAUGAGGCUCUUCUGCGACUGAAAGCUCAAAGAGUUCCCUUGAAAAAUCAGAUCGACCAUUUACAUCAGGAGUUAAAGUCCCAAAAGCAAGCAAAUGAGCAGCUGGUCAAAGACAAGGAGCUAGAAUUGAAAAUUCAGAGGCAACAGAUGAGGACGGAACGAAAUCAAGCCUUGGAUUCUCUGAAGGAACGUCUCAUUCAGGAGCACAUUGAGGAGCUCAGUAGUCUAAAAUGGUCUCGGAUAAGCGACGGAGGAUUGGAGGCCUCUCUUCGCAAGCAGCUGCAGGCCAAAGACAUGGAGCUGAGGCAAGUCCAGAGGAACAUGACCCAAUGGAAGGAACAGACCACUGCCCGUCUAGCAUGCAAGUUUGAGGAUGAGUUGACAGCAGAACUGGAAAGGUGCAGAGCAAAGUUAUUAAGGGGCAGUAAGACAUCAACAAAUGAAGAGGAGAAGCUGACAUUGAAGGGUCAGAGAAAGCAAGGCGUAAAGCAUCAACAUGCUCAACAUUCCGAUUGCUUGACCUACGUUUACACUAGAACUCCACAGAGGCCCACAGACCUGUCCUCGUUAAAACUUGUGCAUUACUUGCAGAGCAGAGUCAAGCAGCUUCGCGUAGAAAACCAAUCAUGGACGCCAGCAGGACCCAUCCUUCCUGCACUCGGCAAUCAGGAGGGUGAGAAAGCUUGAGUCCCUCAUCCAACUCCAUGUAAAGGACUUGACAAGCUAUGUUUGUACCACCAUCAUACAGCCAUGAAUCAUUCACUGUUACCUGUAGUUAAGAUAGCAGGUCACAGUGACAACUAACAAGCAAAUGUUUAGUCAUCUUUUGAACUUUCCUCUGUGUCAAAGUUUUAUGGCGUGGCGUUUGGGACGUUUGCAGAUUUCACAUGAAAAUCUCAUAAAGCUCUUCUCUGUGGGAAUCCCUUGUAUGCUCGUAAAUGUUACACAAUGUUAAAUUGGAACGUUUAACCUUUACAUCUGAAAUGACAGCACACAUAACUUGUAUUCAGUUUUCACAAUAUGCAUUUCAUCAACUUUAUGUGAUGAUUUGACACGAGAAUUUGCAUAGGGACGGUAAGGACAUUACACUUCCAACUUUUCGGGAUGCUAAAAUUGUCCCCACCAAGUUUUAAUCAACCUUAUUUGCAUUAUAUAAUGAGUUCAGUCAUAUACAGUGGAAUGAAAAAGUAUCUCAACCUUUUGGAAUGUGUUCAUAAAAUCACUAUCAAAUGUGAUCUGAUCUUUGUCAAAAUCACACAGAUGAAAAAAUUGUCUGCUUUAACUAAAACCACCCAAACAUUUAUAGGUUUUCAUAUUUCAAUGAGGAUAGUAUGUAAACAAUGGCAGAAGGGGGAAAAAUAAGUGAACCAUCACAUUUAAUAUUUUGUGCUCCCCUUUGGCAGCAAUUAACUUCAACCAGACGGUUCCUGUAGCUGCAGAUCAGUCUGGCACAU